AUGAAGCUUGGACUUUUAUGUCCAAGGCCAUUUUGGUCAUUACUCAUCCUUUCUUUCCUCCUCCCCUGCAUGAACGGCAUAGGAAUCGGGUCCAUCACCUUUGGAAAUUUUACAGAUCGACUCACCUUGAUUGCAUUCCAGGAUCAAAUAUCCGACGAUCCUUUUCAGGUCCUAAGCUCAUGGAACGAUUCCCUCCAUUUCUGCAACUGGAAAGGAGUCAAAUGCGGUCACCGGCAUCCUGAAAGGGUCACUGCCUUGAAUCUUUCCUCCAGCAGAUUGGUGGGGUCCAUAUCACCCCAUGUAGCAAACCUCACCUUCCUUAGGAGUAUAAACCUUUCGGGCAACAGCUUCCAUGGUGAAAUCCCACAUGAAAUCAGCAAGCUCUUCCGGCUUCGAGGUCUUGAUCUGAGCGAUAAUGAGCUGCAAGGAGGAAUCCCCAACAACCUGUCCGACUGCUCGAAAAUCAGAACCAUCCUUCUAGAUCAAAACAAGCUUGUGGGAAGAAUUCCCAUCGAGCUUAGCUCUCUGUCAAAGCUCAUAUCAUUGAAUCUUGGCCGUAACAGUCUCAUUGGCAGCAUCCCAUCACUGGUUGGGAACCUGUCGUCUCUUGUUUCUCUCUAUCUAUAUGAAAACGCUUUGGAAGGAAGCAUUCCAGAUGAGCUAGGAUGGCUAGGAAAGCAAGAUUCAUGGAGCCCGUAUGGACAAGGGCUGAAAGACAUGAAUUCAAACCUGGAUUCGAUCUCAGAGUAUUUAUUCUCAAUGAUUGGUUUUUGUGAAGGCUUGGAUUACCAAAGCUUCAAAGAGUAUAUCAUCAUUCUGGAAGUAUUAGAAGUAAGUUACAAUAAUCUGAGAGGAACGCUGCCUUCCACCAUCGUCAUUCUGUCCACCCACCUAACCGAAUUAGGGUUAGGAGGAAGCCCAAUAUCUGGAAGUAUCCCAACAGAUAUUAGUAAUCUCUUCAGCUUAAAUAAGCUUGGUAUUUUUGAGAGCUCUGUAAUACGUACCGUUCCUGUUGGUGUUGGGAAGCUUCAAAAUUUGGAGGGCUUGUAUUUGCAUAGCAACAAACUCUCCGGACAAAUCUCAUCCUCCAUUGGCAACAUCACUGGAUUGGUUGUAGUCGCUUUAGAUGGAAAUCGCUUGCAGGGAAGUAUCCCUUCGAGUUUUGGAAGCUGUCGUCGCCUUCACAUUUUAGAACUUCAUACCAAUGAGCUUAACGGUACAAUUCCAAAAGAAGUUCUAAGUAUUACUACGCUGUUUGGACUUUAUAUAGAUGAGAAUUCUUUGGUCGGAUCUCUACCGUCUGAAGUUGGUAACUUAGAACAACUUCAACAUUUUUAUGCUGGUCACAACAAAUUGAUGGGUGAAAUUCCCAGCACACUGGGCAAUUGUCGGAGUCUGCAAACCCUUAAUUUGAGCUAUAACUUGUUUCAAGGAGCCAUUCCUCCGGAUUUGAAAAACUUAAAAGGCAUUAACCUGCUAGAUCUUUCUCAUAAUAACUUGUCUGGGCAUAUUCCAGUAGCUCUUGAGAAAUUUCCAUUUCUUGCAUACUUGAAUUUGUCAUUCAAUGAUCUCGAUGGCCAAGUACCGCAUCAAGGGAUUUUCAAAAACGCCAGUGCAUUUUCAAUUAUUGGAAACAAGAGGCUUUGUGGAGUUUUAUGUCUGAUUCUUCUAUCAUUUUUCUUUGCUAUUCUUUAUCGGGUGAGAAGAAAGGCCAGCAGCAAACCUUUGAAUGCAUCUUUCCUGGAGAGUAAAUUUUUAAAUAUUUCUUAUGCGGAUCUCUUUAAAGCAACUGGCGAGUUCUCUUCGGACAAUUUGAUUGGCGAGGGAACUCAUGGUUCCGUAUACAAAGGAAUUCUAGAUCGGGAUGAAACACUUGUUGCGGUGAAAGUUCUCAAUCUUCAUCAACGAGGAGCUUCAAGGAGUUUCAUUGCUGAAUGUGAAUCUUUGAGAAAUAUCCGGCAGCCCAAUCUUGUCAAAAUCAUAACUGCUUGCUUGAGCAUCGAUUUUGAAGGCAAUGAUUUUAAAGCUCUAGUAUUUGAAUACAUGCCUAAGGGGAGUCUAGAGAAGUGGAUGCAUCCAAGUGUAUAUGAGCAACAAGAACUGAGGAGCUUAAAUCUUAUUCAAAGGCUAGAUAUAUAG